GGCCAGCGGCGGGGGAUGGCGUCCCCCGCCCGGUGCGGGGCUGCAGUUGUGGAGGAGCGGCGGCACCAUGCGGGCGGCCGCCGGGGACGUGGUGAGCAUCCUCUGCUUGGUUUCUGUGGCGGCCACGCUGGAUUUCAAGUACCACCACUCCGAGGAGCUGGAGAAGUACCUGAAGGGGGUUCACGCCGAGUACCCCUCCCUCACCCACUUGCACAGCAUCGGCCGAUCGGUGGAAGGUAGAGACCUGUGGGUUCUUGUUCUGGGAAGGUUUCCAACCCAUCAUAAGAUUGGCAUUCCAGAGUUCAAGUAUGUUGCUAAUAUGCAUGGGGAUGAGACCGUUGGGAGAGAAAUCCUGCUCCAUUUGAUAGACUUCCUGGUGACCAGCUAUAGACAGGACCCAGUUAUUACCCGGUUACUCAAUAAUACCCGGAUUCAUAUCAUGCCAACAAUGAAUCCUGAUGGAUUUGAAGCUACAGAAGUGCCUGAUUGUUAUUACACACGAGGAAGGUACAACAAGAAUGGAGAAGAUCUGAACAGAAAUUUUCCUGAUGCCUUUGAAAAUAACAAUGCUAGCAUUCAGCCAGAGACUCAAGCAGUAAUGAACUGGAUAAAAAAUGAAACGUUUGUUCUUUCAGCAAACUUGCAUGGGGGUGCCCUGGUUGCCAGUUACACCUUUGAUAAUGGUAACUCAGUUACUGGCUCUUCGAAAGGCUAUAGCAGAUCUCCAGAUGAUGAUGUCUUUAUUCACCUGGCAAAAACCUAUUCUUCCCACCAUGCCAGCAUGUACAAGGGGACUGGGUGUGACAAGAGACAAACCUUUCCAGAAGGCAUUACCAAUGGAUACUCUUGGUACCAGUUGGAAGGUGGAAUGCAAGAUUACAACUAUGUCUGGGGACAAUGUUUUGAAAUUACAUUGGAGCUGUCAUGCUGUAAAUAUCCUCCAGCAGACCAGCUGGAAAAGUUCUGGAGAGACAACAAAGUUGCUCUGAUUGAAUAUAUAAAACAAGUACACCUAGGUGUCAAGGGUCAAGUUACUGAUAAGAAUGGGGAUCCUAUUCCCAAUGCCAUUGUGGAAGCCAAGGGAAGGCCUCAUAUCUGCCCCUACAGAACAAAUGAACAAGGGGAGUACUAUCUUCUCCUUUUGCCCGGGACAUAUGUGAUCAAUGCUACUGUACCAGGAUUUAAAUCGAUGCUGAAGACAGUGGAAAUACCUGACAACACUGGUAACUUCAGUGCUUUAAAACAGGACUUCUCUUUCUCAGAGGUCUCUAUCAGACCAAGAGUUGCUUCAUGUCCCAAAAUUCCCCUGUACCAAGAGCUCACAUGGGCUUCAGCUGCAGUAAAACCAACCCUACAUGUCUUGGUUUUAAUGACUGCUCUGCUUGUAAUUUUAAAAUAAAGUCAAGAAUGAGAUGUUAUGGCCAGGCAAAAUCCACCUGCACAAAUGUGGCUUUGUAUAUGCAAAAGAAUGUCUGUUUUUAUAAACCAAAUUCUCAGAUUCACAAUCACGUUCACUGUAUUUUGUAAAAUACUGGGUUGACAAUCAAAUGUUUGACUAUAUUUUUAAUUGUAAUAGACUAUCAUAUUUUUCUAUGUAAGUAUUUUACUCUGAAGAAAUUCUGUACAGCCGAUGGAGAUAACUGUAGAAUUUCAAUGCAGAAAGUACAAAUACAUUCUCAAGACUUUGCCUGAAUUCAAAAAAAAGUUGAGGAUUGUACUGCAAAUGUUUUAUGCAAGCUCAGGUUCCUCUCUGAACCAACAGCUAAGGUGCCACACAACUGUAAGUGAUCAGAUCAAUCCUAUUUUCUCGUAAUAAAGCCAUUGCUAUAAAUGAGGAAUGGCAUUUUAAAAUAUGCUUUUUCUUACCUGGACAGAUGAGACUGCUUAGGGCUCAAAUGAGGUAAGACCAGUAACACAGACAGGUUUUAAGACAAAAAGAUGGAAAUGAAGUGUAAGUAUGUGCUGAAGGGCCACGCUCCUGGAAACUGGAUUAUAAUCUGCACCAUCAGGGAAAAGGGAGGAAUUUGUGUCUCUGAAAACAGUGUUCUCCUACAGCAGAGCUGCUGAAAACAAUGUGGAAACAGUUACUGACAGCUUUAUACCUUGUCCAUUUUUAACUGAAUUUGGUGUGGAACAAUCACAGACAAUUCAGAUUCUUUGAAUAGCUUUAGCAGCAGCUUUAUAUUGCUUAAGUAGUUUCAGAGCCCUGCUACUACACAUGCCAGGAGCUGGCAGGCAUACUCAGCAAGGCACAAAUCAGAUCCAGUUACAAAAGCACUCCCCUGGCUGGGCUGAGAUGUUGCAGGCAGGAUUAGCAGAUUCCUUUUGCCUGGCCAGUUGCGAAUCAUCCUCCGGGCCCUUUGAAGCUGUCCAAUAAACACAAAAUUUAUCAAGAAAAGCCAGUUAGUACCAUCUCCUGUGUUUAUUUUAAAACUUUAUCUGCCAGUAAUUUUCUUACGCAAUUUCAAAAGCAAAGCAGAAGAGAUUAUCUUUGGAAACAUCAAUCUUUUCCUGUAUACAGUAAAUAAAAAAUGCAGGAAUGCAGUUAAUCCUUUUUAAAUCUUUCCUGAGGCACUGCUGUCUGUCACACCAGGACCCACCUGCUGGGCUGUGGAGCUUGGGCAUCAGCCACUUACCUGUCUGCCAGCCAGCUGCAUUCAGUGUGUGAAUGCACUUCAGAACAUGAAACAGCAUUGCUUAUUGGGAAUGAGGGCUGCAUGUGCAAGAUACUAUUUUUUUAAUGUCUUCAUCAUAUCCAUUUCAAUUUUCUAUAUUUUCUCACUCUCUGAUCUGCUGUGGGUUGUUAAUCAGUCAGAGAAGUGAUUAAUUAUCCACUAAGUCCCACCACUGAUAGUUGUUUCUGAUCCUGUCACUUAUAGCAGAAAGAACUAGAGAUUCCCUGAGUGUAAAACCCCCAAAACCCAAGAAAUGUGGGAGAAGUCAACAGUUCAGCAGGUGAGUGAGGGCAGAAAGAGUCUGCAUGCUGGCUUACAGGGACAAGAAUCGGUAUGAAAACCAAGUACCAGAACUUCCAGCAAUCAAGUCAUUGACAUGAAAAAAGAAAGAGCACCAAAGAGUAUAUAAAGAAAUCUUUAUUUAAAGCUUUUAAAUGGAACACAGUACUCAGUUUCCCUAGAAAAGGAACAACUGAAAACCAAAAGAUAAAUGCAACACACAUGAAAGUUUUUAUAAAGGGAUCUAUGCACUGUGCAAGUGGAGUGGAUACUUGUAUUUUAAUGGUUACUGACUGUGGUUGUACGUGCACUGGGUAGCCAGAAGGUACACACCAUUACAAGCUCUUGAAAGCGUGUUCAUCUAGGAGUAGUGGCAAAAUUGCAUAGUUAUUUCAAUUCACUACGAACUACUCUGUUUAACAGUCAUUCCAGCUAUGUGUAGUCAGACAACAAAGACUCUGGUUUUAGAAAAGCUAUUGGUAUUUUAGGUGUUAAGUAAUCAUCAUGUAGACAGACAAUAAUUUGGCUCACAAUGAAGAACUGUCCUUUAAAAUCAGGCUGUUAAGCUAAAGCAACAUUUACUCAAAAGGUGAGACACCACCUUUUUAAGAAUCACUGACAAAUUUUACAUGUAGAAUAUAGAUACAGAUACACUGGAGAGGCAUUCACUUGAAGCUUUCAGUGCAUCUGUGCUAAAAAUAAA